CAUACAUGUGAGAUUUGUAAACUUCACCGAAGUUCACGGCCGUGAAAAUUGUGCUAUUGAUUGUUUACGCAUAGGUAACACGCACUUGCCAUAGACGCGUACUUGUACUUAAUAUCUUACCACCAAAGACAGAUUUACCGAGGAGGAUAAUGGAGCCAACUUUGAAACCAGCCAGCAACUUUAAUGCUGAAAACGAUGCUAACGUCCUGAGGAAAGCGAUGAAGGGGUUGGGCACUGAUGAGAAAGCUAUCAUUGAUGUCCUUGCCCAUCGAUCAUGUUCACAACGCCAGGAAAUCAAAGCCUUGUACAAAACUAUGUUUGGAAAGGAUCUAGUGAAGGACCUCAAGAGUGAAUUAGGCGGGAAGUUUGAGGACGUCAUUGUGGGUCUCAUGAUGACGGAGGCUGAGUACGACGCAAGCGAACUCAAGAGAGCCAUGAAGGGACUUGGAACAGACGAGGAUGCCAUGAUCGAGAUUUUGUGUAGCCGCACCAACCAACAGAUCAAGGACAUUAAAGAUGCAUACAAACGAUUGUUUAAGGCAACUUUGGAAAAAGAUAUUGAAAGUGAUACAUCCGGGCAUUUCAAGCGACUGAUGGUUUCGUUAGCCAGUGGAGGGAGGAUGGAAAACCAACCUGUAGACAUGACGAAAGCUCAAGAAGACGCACAGAGACUUUACGCAGCUGGGGAGAAAAAACUAGGGACAGAUGAGUCUACAUUCAAUUCACUGUUGGCUUCCCAGAGUUACGAACAACUAAGAGCUGUGUUUGAUGCAUAUCAAAAAAUCUCUGGAAAAGACAUAGAGCAAGUCAUCAAGAGUGAAAUGUCUGGAAAUCUGGAGAUAGGAAUGGUGGCUAUUGUUCGAGUAGUAAGAAACAGACCAGGAUACUUUGCAAAGAAACUCUACCAUUCAAUGAAGGGAUUGGGAACAGAUGACAAAACUCUGAUCAGAGUCAUUAUAACCAGGGCAGAAGUUGAUAUGGUUCAGGUCAAACAGGAGUUCCAGAAAGAGUUUGGCAAGUCCCUGGAAGACUUCAUCAAGGACGACACUUCUGGGGAUUACAGGAAGGUACUUCUGGCCUUGGUGUCAUAAGGAGGACAGAGAGAGGAAGAUGAGUCAGAGGAUCACUUAGGAGUAAUUGCUUUACUGAGGGCAUCGUAUGUGGAUGUAUACGGGCACCCCACUUUGAAACCAGCCAGCAACUUUAAUGCUGAAAACGAUGCUAACGUCCUGAGGAAAGCGAUGAAGGGGUUGGGCACUGAUGAGAAAGCUAUCAUUGAUGUCCUUGCCCAUCGAUCAUGUUCACAACGCCAGGAAAUCAAAGCCUUGUACAAAACUAUGUUUGGAAAGGAUCUAGUGAAGGACCUCAAGAGUGAAUUAGGCGGGAAGUUUGAGGACGUCAUUGUGGGUCUCAUGAUGACGGAGGCUGAGUACGACGCAAGCGAACUCAAGAGAGCCAUGAAGGGACUUGGAACAGACGAGGAUGCCAUGAUCGAGAUUUUAUGUAGCCGCACCAACCAACAGAUCAAGGACAUUAAAGAUGCAUACAAACGAUUGUUUAAGGCAACUUUGGAAAAAGAUAUUGAAAGUGAUACAUCCGGGCAUUUCAAGCGACUGAUGGUUUCGUUAGCCAGUGGAGGGAGGAUGGAAAACCAACCUGUAGACAUGACGAAAGCUCAAGAAGACGCACAGAGACUUUACGCAGCUGGGGAGAAAAAACUAGGGACAGAUGAGUCUACAUUCAAUUCACUGUUGGCUUCCCAGAGUUACGAACAACUAAGAGCUGUGUUUGAUGCAUAUCAAAAAAUCUCUGGAAAAGACAUAGAGCAAGUCAUCAAGAGUGAAAUGUCUGGAAAUCUGGAGAUAGGAAUGGUGGCUAUUGUUCGAGUAGUAAGAAACAGACCAGGAUACUUUGCAAAGAAACUCUACCAUUCAAUGAAGGGAUUGGGAACAGAUGACAAAACUCUGAUCAGAGUCAUUAUAACCAGGGCAGAAGUUGAUAUGGUUCAGGUCAAACAGGAGUUCCAGAAAGAGUUUGGCAAGUCCCUGGAAGACUUCAUCAAGGACGACACUUCUGGGGAUUACAGGAAGGUACUUCUGGCCUUGGUGUCAUAAGGAGGCCAGUGA